AUGAGACAAGAAGAAGAAGAAGAUGAAUAUGGAGAGUAUAAAGGUGUUAGUUAUUCUUUAAUUAUAAAAAAGGUUUUAAAAAGAUCAAUAAAUGAUUGGAAUGUAUUUUGUGAAAUGGUAGAAAAUGAUAAUGGAAAUAAUUAUGAUUUUUUAAUUAGUGCUUUGAUACAAUAUUGUAGACAUAUGAGAGAAUGUUAUUUAAAAAUUUUAGAACUAGAAAAAUAUCGAGAAAUGCAUAAAGAUAUUAUUGAAGUAAUAAAAAAUAUAUUAUAUUUUAAACAAAGUUAUAAUGAAUUAAAAACAAAAUAUGAAUAUGAUAUAUAUUUAUGUAAAUUAAAAACAUUAAAUUUGCAAUUAAAUCAGAAUAACGUAUUGUGUGCCUUAGAUUUAUUAGCUACAAAAAAAUAUACACGAUUUCCAUUACUUUUCAAACAAAUUUUAAAAGCACCUUUUGAUCCAAUUGUUCUUGAAUUAAAUAAGUAUCAAAUACAAAUUUUAAAAAAAAAACUUAUAGAUGAAUUUUUAAUUAAUUAUUACAUAUCAAAAAUACCAAAAGAAAAAGUGAAUUUUAAAUUUUCUCAAGGGUUAGUAGAAUUAGAAAUAAUUAAUCAAGUUAGAAUAAAAUUUAUUACAGACUUUUUAACAUGUACUAUAAUCGAUGUUAAUAUAUUAUUUUUAAAUGAUAUGAACCUUCAUAUAUCACAUAAUUAUAAUUUAUUAGUUUUGAUUAAUUAUGCAAUUAUGAAAAAACGAAUAAAUCAAACUAAUAAUAUUAUUGGAGAAGGAGAUAUUUCAAAUCGUAAUGAAAUAAUUGAAAAUGAACAUAUUAAAGAAUCUAAAACAGAUAACUUAAAAAAUAAUACAAAUUUGUCAGACACAACAAGUACAUAUUAUUCUGAAUAUAGUGAAAGUGAAACUUAUGAAUCCUCUUUAUCAGAUUGUGAAAAUAAUAUGCAAUCACCACUUAAUAAUACACAGAAACAAAUAAGUGAUAAAAUAUAUAGAUCUAAGAAAACAAGACAUAUAGGAAAUAUAGAAAAUUAUUAUAAAAAUAAUAAAGGAAAAGAAAAAGAGCUUGAACUUUCUGAUAUAUAUUAUGAAAUAUAUAAAACUAGUAAUUUUUAUUGUAAUACUCAAAUUUUAGAAUUUUUAAAAGCAUAUUUAAAUCAAUAUAAUUCAUUUAAUUAUAUAAAAAAAAAGUUUCAAAUAUAUAAAAAAUAUAAAAAAACAAAUAAAAUUGAGUUUACACCCUCUUGUUAUAAUUACCAUAUAGAUGAUUCAAACUGUUUACUUUAUUUAGACAUAUAUUUAUAUGAUAUAGAAUUUAGAAAAGAAUUAUAUAACUUUUUUGAAAAAUAUAAAAUUCCUAUAUUAAAUGAAAAUAGUGAAAAAAAAAUUAUAUUACAAUUUAUUUUAAAUAACAAAAAUGGGAAUGCCAAAAUUAAAUUAUGGCCAUUUGAUUAUUUUAAUAAAUUAAAUAAAAAGAAAAGAGAAGAAAUACAAUUUGAUAAUAUUUUAUCAUAUUCUGAAUUUAUUAUGUGUUUAUUUUUGAAAAAAAAAAUAAAAAUGAUUUGUUCUUACAAUCCUUUAUAUAUUCAUCUUGAAAAUUGGGUUGCCAAAGUGUCAACUUGUUUAACAUAUUUUUUAUUUUCCAUACUAAAAAUAUUCUGUACAAAAGCUACAAAACUAGCUAUAGAGCAAAAUACUAAAAUACAAAAUAAAUAUGGAGUAAAGUUAAUAAAACAAGAUCAUACACAAACAUCAGAGCAUUCAUAUUUGGAAAAUAUAAUUACACAUCAUGAAUUAAUAGCUGACUAUUUUUUUGACAUAAACACUAUAGAAAAAAAUCUAGAAUGUAUAGAAAUUUCCAAACUUGAAAAAAAAAAAAAUAGUAUCUUUCACAUUGGAGAGGUUAUUAAGAAUGUGUAUGAAGAGACAGAUGAAGGAGACAAUAUUUUUUUGAAAAAUAAAUUUGAAAUAGUAGAAGUAGAGAAAAAUAAAAAUGAUGAAAUUCUAUACAUACUAAGAUAUACAUUUUAUAAACAAAAAAUAGACUUAUUUAUGAAUAAACAAAAUGAUAAAUAUAUAUUUAAAUGUCAUUGGGAUAAUAUAUUUUUAAACGUAAUUAGUUUAGGAUAUAAUUUAAAAAUAAUAAUAUAUAUAAUAUAUUUAUUAAACCAUUAUUCAAAAUAUAUAUAUAUAUAUAAUUUAUUAAAAGAAAAAUUUAAUAAUAAUUUAAAGCCAGGAAAAGAUUUCUCCUUUGAAUUAAAUAUUAGUAAUUUAUAUCCAAAUCUUCUUUUUUCAAAAUUAAAAUUACAUGAAUUUUUAAAAAAAUAUGAUUAUUCAUCAAAUAUAGUUUUAACAAAUUUUAUUGAGCAAUUUUUCGAGCACAUUAAUUUUUUUUACUACUUCUGUUCAAAAAGUAAUGACAAAACAAAAUGUAUGGAUACUGAGCUUGAAGACCAUAUCAAACAGGCCAUACACGAAAAUUUCCAAAAAGAAGAAGACAAAGAAGAGGAUAGUGAAAAAGGGAAAUAUAGAAAUAAUUUCUUUUCUACAUUUUAUUUUAAAUUUUAUUUAACCGGAAGUGAUGUCCCAUUUAUGUUAUGCAUUUUUGUUGAAGAUAAUGUCAUAUUUCAUACAUCUAUUGUUGUAUCUUUUGGAAAUUCAUAUGAAGGGGAAGAUAAAAAUUUAGAUAAAAAAAAAAAAACUAAUGAAGAAAACCAAAAAGGUCCUUCAAAAAAAGGUGUAAAUAAUUAUUUUAUAAUUCCUUUAAUUCAUAAAAAAUGUUUAAUUGAUAAUGAUAUGAAUUGUUAUUUGAAUGGCUUGAAUAAAAUGAUUAUGUCUUUUUCAAAUAUGUUCAUAUCUUUACAGAAAAUUUUACAAGUUAAUUUUUAUUGUCCAGUUUUAUGUCCUUGCAAUUUUGAUCCCGAAGAUAUAAUUGAAUCAAUGCCAAAUGAAAAUGACAACACCGAGAAUUAUGAAGAAGAGUUAGUACAAAAUCAGGAAGAUGAUGACACCAUAUUUGGGUAUAGUGAUAAUGAAAUAUACAAACGAAGCAAAAAAAAAUGGAAAAACAGAUCAAUAGAUUUAGAACAAUUUAUAAAUCGAAUAAAUGAUGAGGAAGAAGGAAGUGAAAAAGAUGUAGACGAGCAAAAAGAGGAUAUCAAAAAUUAUAUGCUACAGUUUUACUGUCAACUAAAUGACGAAUAUGAUAUAAAUAAAGAAUAUAUAGCAAAUCAUAGAAACAAUAACAAAUUUAUGUUUAUAAUUAAAAUGAGUAUACAUGGUUCCUUUUUUUUUAAAAUUUCUAUAAAGGAACAAAAAAAAUAUAUUAAAAUUGAUAAUUUUCAUAAAAUGGAAAAUAAAAAAAUGAUCGCACUUUUUUAUGGAAGCAUAGUUGUAAACAUGAAAAUAAAAAAUUUGGAAAUUGACGAUAGAGAGGAGUUUGUGAAAUUAUCUGAAGAAUGGGAUGGGGAGAAUACAAAUUAUGAUAAAAAAGAGAGCGAAGAAAAUGAUGAGAAGCAGCUAUCUGACGAGCCAAAUAAGCAAAUUGAAUUUCUGAACAAUACAAUAAAAGAUUGGGGCUUAUUAAAAGAGAUACAUAUAAUUUUAAAUGGUAAAAAUAGUGUGUCAAAAAUUUUGGAUAUUUUUUCAAUUAUUAUUAAAAGCAUGUUUGUUAUUAAUUUUUUUACUGAAUUAUAUUAUAUUGAAAAAGUGAUAGCUCCAACAUUUAUAAUUCGAAAUUCGCAUUUGGCUAAUAUAGAUAUUAUGUAUUUGUGUAGAUAUGAUAGUAAUAUAGUGUGCUCUAUUUUUUUUGACAUUUUUUGUGGAAAGAAUAAAGACAAAUCCAAUGUUAAUGAAAGUAAUCUUAAACAUUCUAAGGAAAAUCAAACAAAUCAAGAUAUAGAUAAAAAUAGAAAUAUAGAAAAUCAGUUGGCAAAUGGUGAUCUAUUUGACUAUUCAGAUAUACUAAAUAAAUAUGAAAAUUAUAAUAGCAAUGAUGAUGAAAAAAGUGAAAAGCAAAAUAAUAGUAUAAAUAAAAAUUAUGAGAAAAUAUUAAAAUCUUUAUUAUUUAUUAAUAUAUGUUUUAAUUCAUCUAAUGAUUAUAUUAAUAAAAUAUAUUUAGGAGAAAAAGAAAAUUUUAAUAUAUAUUUAAAAAAAAAAAAAAAUAUUUUUGAUCUUCUAAAAUUAAUAUCUUUAACUUUUGAGUUCCAUUUAAAUUUACACAUUUUAAUUAAUAAAACAAAUAAUUAUUUGAAUAAAGAAUAUUUUUUAAGUCAAGUUGUUACACCGAAUCUUUUUGAGAUAUAUUACAUAAAUCUAAUGUCUGUCCUUUUACAAUUUAAAAAAGAAAAUGAGACCUCUAUAGAUACAAAAAAAUCAAAUAAUAAUAUUUAUAAUGAAAAAAAAAAUGCAAAUAUUGAUGAACUGUCUUUUUAUAUAAUUCUACAUCCUGAUAAUUUUUCAAAAAUUGUUAUAAUUCCACAUUUUAGCAAUAAUUUCUUAAAUAAAAAUGAAAAUUCCAAUUUUAUAAUUAACAACUUUUUUAAAAAAAGUGAAAUUUUUUCCGAACUUAGUAAAACAAAAAUGACUGAUAUGUUUACUAAUACAAAUGACACAUCCUCAGUUUUUAAUAAAAAUAUUGCAACUUCAGAUUAUGCCCAAACUAAUAAUAUAUCAAAUCAAAGUGAAAAUAAUUUAUUAUCUGUUUCCCCUGAUCAAAUAUCUAAUCAGUUAGCUAGUGAAACCGAUAAAGAAAAAAAUAACUCUCUUGUAGGUUAUAAAUAUUGUAAUCACAUUAUUAUUGACAAUUUAAAUGUUGAAGAUUUGUUUGUUUUUUUAUUUUUAAAAUUUUGUAAAUUUGUAAACUUUCAAAAUGAUCAAAAUUCUGAUGAGCCUUAUGAUUACACAUUUAAUCAAACACAAGACAGAAAUACAUCAAUUAAUUUUAAAGAUUUUGAAUCAAAUUAUAAAAAAUAUAAAAUUUAUAAUACCUCUUAUGAUGGAAUAAGUAAUGAUACUUUUGAAAAAGAGUUGGAAUCUUUUGAAGAAUAUGAUACAUUUAUAAAUAAUAUUAAAUAUAUGUUUAAACUUAAAAAUAAUAUUAUUAUUUCUCAAAUUGAUUUUUUUCGUCCAACAUUUUUAUAUGCAACAUUAUAUACACUAUUAGAGUUCAUAGUUAGUUUAAAAAAAUGGCUUAUAAUGUUUGAUCAUUUAAAAUUGGAAUAUGAAAAUUUUACAUUAUUUCAAUCUAACCUUCCAAAUGUAUUUCAAUAUAUGAGUGCAAAAAAACGUCAAACAGCUAAUCAUGAAGUAUCACAAGGAGAAACAAAAGAAACAAACAAUAAUAUAUAUAUACAUUUUGUUUGGUUUAUUUAUAAUGUAAAAACUUUGCAUUUAGAAAAAUUAGAAAAUAAAGAUGAACAAAAUAAUAAAAGAUAUUAUAGAUCCUUUCAUAUUGACAAUAAAGAAGGGACUAACUUAAAUCAGACAAAUAAUUCUACAGAAUUUGAAAGUAGAAAAAUUAAAAAAUUAAAAAUUGAAGAAAUCGAAAAUUUAGAAGAUACUUCAAAUGAAGAAAAUGUUAAAAAGAAGGAAGAGAAGUUGAUCGCAAAUGAAAUAAAAUCGAAUAAAAGUUCUGAAAUAAUGAUAAGUAUUAAUAAAAAAAAAGAACAAAAAAAAAAUAUUUUACACAUGCUAAAUGAUCGUAUUAAUAUAGGUGAAAUAAAUACAGACAAAUUAUAUCAUAUGAUAAAUGCAUAUUCUUAUAAUAAUAAUGAUAUAUUUUUAAAAAAAAAUGAAAAAAAAAUUGAAAAAAAAAUUAUUAAAAAAGAUUUUAUAGAGAAAGUGUAUCUCUUUCAAAAACUGAGACUAAAAAAAUGGGAUGAAGGAAAAGUCGGAUCUAAAAACUUUGAAGAUAAACUAAAAAAUGAAAAUGAUGACACAAAUUUAGAAAAUAAAAAUUACAAACAUAAUAAUAUGAAAACAGAUAUAAAUAUGUAUCCCGAUUUUUCAAACAAUUUGAAGGUCAUAAAUGGGUGUGAUAUACAUUAUUUGUUAAAUUCGAUUGUCGUAUAUUUUGAGAAUAUCGGAGAAGAAAUAGACAAACACGAUUCAUGGUUUUAUUGCAAAAGGGAAAACAGUGAUGAUGACACUAGCCCAUGCGAUCGUUUCAUUUUGAGUGAGAACAACAUUUUAAAAGAAACUUCAAAAUUAAAUUCAGCACUCAAUAUUAUUUAUAAAUAUAUACGUAUAUGGCUAUUCAAAAUGGGAGAUAAUAAUAUUAUAUCUUUUUUUAAUACAAUUAAUCAAAUAAUAUAUAGCCAGAAAAAUUUAUGUGAAUUUUCAUCUUUAGUUUUUAAUUGUGUUUUAUCAUAUGAAGAGCAUUUAAAAUUUUGGACAUCGGAAAGUGCAAACCACCAAUUUUCAAUGCCAUUUAUUGAAACAGAAUUUUUAUUUUCCGAAGAUGAAGUAGAUAAAAUGAAUUCUCAGAUGGAAAAAAAAAACAAUUUUUUGAAAAUGAGGAAAUAUAAAUUUGUUGAAUAUGUAGUACCUUUCAAAAAGUAUAUUCAAAAUUAUAUGACAUAUAGAGAGGAAGUAAUAAGCAAUGUAGCAAAUAAUGCAAUAACUGAUCAAACAAUAACAACCAACACAACUAAUGAUAAAAUAAAGGGGUAUGAUAAAAUUUCAGUGAAAUACAAAAUAUGGAAAUAUAUGCCAUGCCCAUUUAAACAAAUAUAUAUAUAUCCAGAAAAACAAAAAUUUAUUUCUCUCAAUAAAAAUGAGUCUAUUAGUUUAACUUUUAAAAUAGCUUCUAUACCUGUUAAAAAUUUAAAAGAGGUUUAUAUAAAUAAUGAUUCAUAUAUUAAAUUUCUUGUUUAUAAUAAUAUUGAUUUAAAUUUAGCUCAUCAAAAAGUUAUGCAAAUAUUACAAGCUUAUAACUUGAUGCCAAAUUAUUCGCUAGUUGCUUCACAAACAAUUUUACAUUCAGAGACUUUUGAUAUAUUAUUGAAAAAUUCAAAUAAAGAGGAAAACAAAAGUUAA